AUGAACGUUCGGAAUAACAACAAUAAUAAUACCAGUAACCACCAUAACAACAACAAUAACCAGGCUUGUGCUGCUUGUAAGUACCAACGUAAGAAGUGUGCUCCUGACUGUAUUCUCGCUCCUUAUUUCCCUCACGAUCGACAACGUCAAUUCCUCAACGCCCAUAAGUUGUUUGGUGUCCGGAACAUCACCAGAAUCAUCGAAAACCUCGACCCUCACAGUCGCAACGAAGCCAUGCGAAGCAUCAUAUAUCAGUCCGACAUGCGAGCCGCCGACCCUGUUGGAGGUUGUUACAGGCACAUUCAAGAACUUGUCGCCCAGAUUCAAUACCAUGAGGCUGAACUCGAGCUUAUUCUUCAACAACUUGCUGUAUUUCGUGCCCAGGCUCGCCAUCAUCAUCAUCUUCAUCGGCAUUCUCAUCCUCAAGAGAUUGUUGACACUACUCCAGAUCAUUUGUAUAGCCCUAAUAUUGCAGCAGUAUUGCCAUCACCAGUUUCUCAUUACCAGUAUAUUCAACAGCAACAACAAGAGCCGACGAUGAAUAUGAUGGUAGUUAAUAAGGAUCAUCACCAUCAUCAGAGUAAUAAUAAUAAUUUGCAGGACGAUGUUAAUUAUUGGGUUUCGCAGGAUUCAAUGUCUUUGUCGUCUUUGUCGUUGCAGAACAAGAAUGGCGGGGAUGAACAAAGUGGUUAUGUGGGUGAUGAAUUGUAUAAUGAUCAUAAGUCGUCGUCUUCUUCGUCUAUGCUUGAUAUUCAUCGUGAUGACAGGUUUUGA